GAUAGAGGCUCUACUUUAUCGUCUUAGCAAACACAGGCACAAAGUGCCUCAUCAAAGCAUCGGUUCAAAACCUUUAGGCUUCGACAUCGACCGUGUCAUUCAUUCGGUGCAUCCACUGCCGUAGUGGAUGUGGAAACAAUAGCUGUCCGGAAUUGUGAAGCUUUAGCAGUGUGUGUGUGCAUUAGAUACAGAGCAGGAGGUCAGCGAGAAAUCCAAACAAGGCGACAGUGUCAACAGAGAAAUGGAAUGCGUGUUGGCCUUUUAAGGGGUCUCGCUACGGCGCUGGAAAUACAGCAAGUCGGACCCAGCGAAAACAGACAUUCGCAGCAUUUUAGAGUCAAGUUAGCAGGUAUUGCUUUGUUGAACGCUAAACCAUGGUGACAAUCGGUACUGCGGGAAUCGAUUGCCUUGCACAGAUUACCCUAAAGCCUGCAGAACCAAAUACGAACAAAGUAGCCAAGCUGGGGCGCUAACUGGAAGAAAGUGAAGUGCGAACUGUUCAGUUCACUGGAAAGAUUAUAUCUCCGUCUUCAACUAUUCAAAGUCUCCCUAGCAUUCGCGAAACAUCUGUCUGCGUGGAGAUUUUCUUAACGACUUCCAACUGACAUGUGACUUUCCUCUCUGGUGGAUCCAACUCCUUGAAACAGUUGCAUGUUACACUUAAGGCGAAAGAUAUGGCCAUGGAUUUGCAGUGUUUUAUGCUGCUCCUGCUCCUCCUUUCAAUGCUGGAUGGUGGCACUUCUCAUAAUUCAAGCACCCCACGGGGUUGUGGUCUGAAUGUAUCACCCCGCUUUUCAGCUCUCUGUGAUUUGGACGUAGUGUGGGGUAUUGUGCUGGAGGCAGUAUCAGGAGCUGGAGUGAUAUCUGCUGUGCUUCUCUCACUCAUCCUACUAGCUCGCUUACCUUCCAUUACCGAGAAAGAGAAGAGGAGCUCUGUGGGUCUGCUUCUGCUCAUGCUUUUUGGAAUCGUGGGAUUAUUUGGCCUUAGCUUUGCUUUCAUUAUUCAAGCUGAUGAAAGGGUGUGCAUUGCUCGUCGGGCCCUCUGGGGAGUCUUUUUUUCACUCUGUUUUUCCUGCCUUCUUGCACAGAGCUGGCGUCUUCAAAAACUGGUGCGCAACGGCAAGAGUCCUGGGGGCUGGCAACUUGCCUGGAUAGCUCUCGGCUUGACUCUGGUACAGGUAAUCAUUGCCAGUGAAUGGCUGGUUCUAACAGUUGCCCGAAAUGCCAAGCCAGCUUGUGACUACCAUCCCAUCGACUUUACCUUGGCCUGCACAUUUGUUAUGAUUAUUCUCGUGGCCUCCUUGAUGCUGGGUCUCUUUUGUCUCUGUGGGAAGUUCCAUAAAUGGAAGCGUAAUGCAGUCUGUCUGAUCAGCACUUCUGUUCUCUCCAUCCUUUUGUGGGUUGCUUGGAUUGGUCUCUACCUUUAUGGCAACACUGUCCUAGGAAAAUCUCCGCUCUGGGAUGACCCCGUGCUGGCAGUUGCCCUGGCUGCUAAUGGUUGGGUAUUGUUGCUGGUCCAUGCCAUUCCAGAACUUCACUGCACCAUUUUGCCAUCUUCACAGCCAAAUGCUCCUGACUACUUUGACACCUCCCAGCCUCCACCACGCAUCAGGGAGACCAGUUUUGAUGAGGAAAUCACCCUUCCUAAUCGCACUUACAUGGAGAACAAGGCUUUCUCUUUUGAUGAGCAUAGUGCAGCUCUGCGUGCAGGUGGAUACCGCAAUGGAAACCUGGGUGGUCGGCCAACUGCACCUUUCAGAAGCAAUGUGUACCAACCUACAGAGAUGGCUGUAGUACUCAAUGGUGGCACUAUCCCAUCUGCUCCACCAAGCUACUCAGGACGCCAUUUAUGGUAAGGUCUGCUGAACAUGAGAGAUAUUUGCACUGUUCCUGGUGGUCACAUUGAAAGAACUGGAAUGACCCUAAAGGCUUUCAGGAUAAAAAGUGGACUUUAUUCAUCACACUUGUGGCUUGAGGGAAAUCAUUUUCUGGGUCUAGUGUUAUGUCUGUCUGUUCUUGCUACAGUAUUAUAGUUCCACAUGUAACAAUACAUAUGGCAGAUGACUGAUAUGCUAUUAAGUGAUACUGACUCGGGUAAGUGAAAGAGAGGAGUGAUUUAACAAAAGUAACCUCUCCAAAUACUAAUAUUUAUUGUCCUCUUGUUAUUUAUCUCUUUAAGUCUUCUUCAUCAGCGGUGAGACAUGGCUGCAGGCUCCGGUGUGUAGUCGUCUUUCUUAUUUUCCACUGCUGGUUGAAACAGCACUUUUGAUGGCAAGAUACAGUUUAAAAAAAAGACAGAGUGAGAAAUGUAUUAUCCAGUACCAAACCUUCCAAUGCAUUAAAUAUGCCUUCUUAAAUUAAAUUUGAACAUUAAACAGAGCAGAAAUAUGUUUUUAAAUAACCUCUCCAAUUGGAGGGUAACACCAACAAGCAUAAUAACACAGGACAGAAACUCGCAAUAAAAAAACUAGAAUCCACCUCUAGAAAAAUAUGAAAUAAAGAACGAGCAAAAACAAUUGUUUUAAGUUUUGUUCAAAACCAAAAAAGUGCACAAAACCUUAAAUGUGUUCACUACAGAAAGUAGAAAUAUGCCAAACUGUUUUAGAAGUUCUUUAUGCAAAGGGGAGGCAGAAAAUGUAUAUAAGAUGAAGAACGUGACAGCCAGCAUAUUAUGUUAUCGGUAUGUAGAACCCAAAAAUUGGAAGGCAGAAAAUACAGAAUGUCUGUUGCUUACAUUCUGGAACAGCCCCUUCAUGCACGCCACGUACCCACCAUUGCAAAGUUUCACAAGAGCGAUUACCAAAUAAGUCGUUCACAACAGGACUCACACACUCCGACAGACUUGUCAGUGGUCUCCAUCAGCCUUCUGACACAUUGAGGUUUUUUAUUUUUUUGUCACAGCCUUGACAAUGUUCAAUUUAUUAUUAAACGGGUGCCUCUCUAGAUAAGAGUGUUUCUAAUACUGUACACUCUUUAAAAAUAAAUGUGCCAGAGUGGUUCUUCAGAGCAAUGACAUAGAAGAACCAUUUUUGGUUCCCAAAAGACCCAUCUACAUGAAGGUUCCAGAAAGAACCUUUGUUUAGUGUGAUCAGUAACAGGCUAAAUAACCAUGAUAGAUGGUAACAAAUUUGUGAAAUACUAAUUUUCAAAGGACUCUUGCUGCAUACAGUUGCACAGGCUAAACCCAGGUUUUCUUAAUCUGUUUAUAUCCUGCUAGGUAACCCACCAUGCAUUAUAGAUUUCAGUUUUUUCCCCACAUAUUAGAAUGUUUUUCAAAGAACCAACUUAAUACACAAAGAAACCGUCUAAGAACAAAAUUAGUGCUCCAUCAAGUAAUGGAACUAUGAAGAACCACCCAACAAAGUAAAGAACCAUAUAGUGCCAUUAAAGUAUUUUAAGAGUAUACUGGCAACGAUUUUUGAAAAGAUCUUCAGCGCCUGCUGAGAUACCACCAGCAACCCCAGUGCAAUGCUAGGACUUCAACCUACAGGCACACAGUAUUGCGAUUUUAACCAACAAUGGUAGUAACACUUAUUUUUCUGAAGAUGUAGUCCCAUACAAAUAAAAAAAGCCAGACUCGGUCUUAGUAGAAAGUGCCAAAAUGUGUUGAAACCAAAGAGCAUUGGUGGCUGAUUAAUAACAUAUUGACCGGUUUUUAUCCCAAACCUGUGGCAGCAGGCUGCCUCUUAAAGUUUACUAGUGAUAUGUUACAUGUGCACCUUUCCCAGUAGCUAAUUCCAGCAAAAAAAUGCUAAAUGCCUCCUUUUACACAAAACUGCUCUGUUAAUGCAUUAUGUCAGUAGUUAGUGCAGCCAGGUUUACUUAUGAACUUAUGUACUUACUGGCAGAGACCGCUGAGACACAAAAAGCUAAAAAAUGGAAGGUUAGAUAUUUUGGGUAAAUGUAAGGUCUGCCGUAACACAGUUGUGUUUAUACAUCAUUUUUCAAAGGUCUACUCGGUCCUACAAAGGUUAAAGUAGAUAUUGAAUUAAAUGAAUAUCUCACCAUGUUAUUUGAAAAUCAUUUUGUGCUCUACAUUCUGUAAGGUUUAAAUUAGACGACCUAAAUCUAGUGACAGUCACUGCUCUUCAUGUCCGCUUACACUCGUCUCAAGGCAGCCAGAAGCCCAAUCUCCUUGAUAAACUGCACCACACUAGGAAGUCACAUAUCACAAAUUGUAAAUGAUGGAUAUACUUGAACAAUUACAUUGUUUUCAUCUUUUCAUUCCCUUUGGCCCAGAUUUAUUUUUCACCCAAAAGAAAAAAAUUAAAGAUUUAUGUUUCCAGAGCACAAAUCAGUUAAUUCUGCCCAGUGCUGAAAGUGAAUGUUAACUUGUGCCUACCAUGAACAUGGUGUGUAUUGGCGCUUUUCCACUGCAUAGUACAGCACGACACGGUUCAGUUCAGCUCACUUAUGGGGGGUUUUCGACU